AUGGACGAUUUGCCUCCUCAACCCACGCCUCAACAAUCCUAUCUGCAACUGCAACAUCAUAGCUCUCAAUCCAGUCAUCACUCCCAUCAUAAUAAUGUGAACAGAAAGUAUCCUCAGCAAGCGCAGCAGAAUCAAUAUAAGGUUUCAUACAGACCGCCUCCUCAACAACAACAACAAGCGCAACCACAACAGGCAUCGCCGCACUAUCAACAACAGCAAGUACAACCCCAACAGCAAUAUCAGCAAUACAAUCAACCUCCACAACAAGAAUACUACCAACAGGCACCAGGCCAUUCUCGUGUGCCACCACAAGGAGGCUAUCAACAACCUUAUCAGAAUAUUCCUCCACAACAACAAUAUGGUAACGCACCACCUCCACCUUCAAUGCAGUACCAACAACGUCCAUCGUACUCUCUGCCUCCACCGGCUCAACAACAAAUAUAUCAACAACACGCACCAUCACAACCUAGCCAAGCUCCUCAAUACCAACAACAAACUUCCAAUAAUGGACAUUAUUCAAAGCAUAAUGUCUCCAGGGACUCCUUAGAAACCACUAAAACAACUGCAACCACUUCCUCAAAGCAAAAAUUAGAGGGCGAAUUGAGAUCAGUUUUCGAAAAAGUUGAUAUAAAUGGAUCUGGCAGAAUUUCCGCUAAGGAAUUGUCGCAUGCGUUGUUGAACUUUGACCGUUCCAGAUUUCAAGACUCUACUAUAAGGCUUAUGAUCAAUCUUUUCUGUGGUCCCGACUCGGCUACAAAAUCAUUAAACUUUGAACAGUUUGUUUCCUUGUGGAAAUAUCUUUCUGCUUACAAGAAAUUAUUUAUUCAAGCUGACACUAAUAAAUCCGGAGAUAUUUCCUUUGGGGAAUUCCAAAAGAUAUUGGAACAAAUUGGUUAUAAAUUGGAUAUUGAUUUGGUAUUAAAUUUGUUUCAAAAGUAUGCUUUAUUAGAAAGUGGAGGAGUUGGAAAAUUGAGAUUUGAUAAUUUUAUCGAACUAUUAGUAUAUUUGAGAAAAUUAACAGAUGUGUUCAAGAAAUAUGAUAAGGAUUUGUCUGGUACUGCCACAAUAAGCUUUUCAGAUUUUUUGUUUGAGGUUACUAAUUUAACAUAG